CCUUCCUCCUAGAUCCUUUCCCCCUCUCACUAUCUCUCUCUCUCUCUCUCUCUCUCUCUCUCUCUCUCUUGCUUCUUCCUCUAUCCAUCUAUCCCCAAUGUCCACUUCCACCCCCACUCUCCCAAUGAGUUUCCAAAACAUGAGAACCUAAAACCCAAUACACACAAUUCUCAAAUAACAUAUACAUAUAUCUUUCAUCUCCUCUUGUGGUAAGCAUAUUGGGUAAUCAAUCUCUCCAUAUCUCAUUCAUUCUAUAUAUGUCUCUUGGGUUAUCUUUCUCUUCAUUGGUUCCUUGUCUUUUCCCAACACCAAUUAUAUUGCUUACUUGUGGCUCAAGCUAUAUAUGCUGUCAGGUGUGUUCGGCUUUCGCCGCGCGGAAAUGGCGCCGAGGGGCGGCCGCGGAAAGGCCAAGGGGGAGAAGAAGAGAGAAGAGAAAGUUCUCCCUUUGGCUAUUGAUAUCACAAUAAACCUCCCGGAUGAGUCUCAUGUCGUUCUAAAGGGUAUUUCGACGGACAGGAUCAUCGAUGUACGGCGGCUGCUGGGCGUUAACACCGUCACCUGUGGCAUCACCUGCUACUCUCUCGCCCACGAGGUUCGAGGGUCGCGAUUGAAGGACACUGUCGACGUGGCCGCGUUGAAGCCGUGCGUUCUCACCCUCGUCGAAGAGGACUACGAUGAGGAGCGCGCCGUCGCGCACGUGCGGCGCCUCCUCGACAUCGCCUCCGCCACCUCCUGCUUCGGCCCCCCUCCGCCGCCCCCCGCCGCCUCCGCCGCCGGCGCCGCCGCCGGGAAGGAGAAGGACACCAAGAAGGGCGGCGGCGGCGGCGACGGCGGCGGCANNGAUGCGGAGGCGGAGAUGAGCGGCGCGUGCCCCCGCCUCGGCGCCUUCUACGAGUUCUUCUCCCUCGCCAAUCUCGCCCCACCGAUCCAGUUUGUACGGCGAGUAUCGCAGCCCCGGCAAGAGGAACUACCCUCCGACGACCAUCUCUUCUUUUUCGAAGCGAAGCUUUGUAAUGGGAAGCUGAUAGUGGUGGAGGCUCGCGCUAAAGGGUUUUACAGCUUGGGGAAGCAGCGGGUGUUGUGCCAUAAUCUCGUCGAUCUCUUUAAAUUUCUUAGCCGAGCAUUUGAUAAAGCAUAUGAAGAUCUGAUGAAGGCAUUCUUGGAGCGUAAUAAGUUUGGAAAUCUUCCAUAUGGAUUUCGAGCAAACACAUGGCUCGUUCCGCCGAUUGCCGCACAAUCCCCAUCAACAUUUCCUCCCCUUCCAACUGAGGAUGAAACAUGGGGGGGCAACGGUGGUGGUUGGGGCAGGGAUGGCAAGAGCAAUUUGAUACCUUGGGCCAAUGAGUUCUUGUUCCUAACUUCCAUGCCUUGCAAAACAGCAGAAGAGAGGCAAAUCCGUGAUCGAAGAGCUUUCCUACUGCAUAGCCUAUUUGUAGAUGUAGCGAUCUUUCGAUCCAUUGCAGCUAUAAAGCAUGUUAUGGAGAGAGAGAAUGUGUUGCUUUCAACCAACAGUGACAAAGUUUUGCACUCUGAGACAGUGGGGGAUUUUACCGUCACUGUAACCAAGGAUGCUUCGGAUGCAAGCUGUAAAUUGGAUACGAAGAUAGAUGGAAGUCGUACUAUGGGGAUGGAUUCAAAACGUAUUGCAGAGAGAAACCUACUGAAAGGAAUAACUGCAGAUGAAAACACAGCUGCCCAUGAUUUUGCCACUUUGGGCAUUGUCAAUGUGCGAUAUUGUGGUUACAUUGCAGUAGCGAAAGUCAAUCAUCAUGAUAAAAACAAAGUUCCUUUGCAAACUGUUGACGUCAAAGAUCAACCUGAAGGUGGAGCUAAUGCUUUGAAUAUUAACAGUUUGAGGAUGCUUCUUCAUAAAAGCCCCACAUCAGGAGAGAAAAGAGCAUCAAAUUCUUCAGAAAGUAUGAAGCAUGAAGAACUAACAGUGGCAAGAGAUUUUGUUGAGAAUUUGUUGAAAGAGAGCCUUAGAAAGCUCAUGGAAGACGAUACGGACUCUGAUAUUUUUGUGAGAUGGGAACUGGGAGCCUGCUGGAUACAGCAUUUGCAAGAUCAGAACAAUGCUGAAAAAGAUAAGAAACAGGGUGGUGAAAAAGAUAAAAAGCAGAGUACGGAGAAGUCUACAAAAGAGACAAGAAUUGAGGGCCUCGGGAAGCCUCUUAAAGUUCUUAAGAAUUCCAAGAAGAUAGCAGAUGCUAGUGAUAAUGGAUCUCUGUCGGACAGAAAACUGACUGAUGAAGUGGGUGGUGGCGAAAGCAAAAAAGCCAACUUGCCCUCUGGGCAGUCUGAAGGAGAGAGUAAAGCAACUGGAAAUGAAUCUAGGCUAAGAGAAUUAUUAUCUGAAACUGCAUUUAUGCGGUUAAAAGAAUCAGAAACAGGACUGCAUCUGAAGUCUCCACAGGAAUUAACUGAGAUGGCUUUGAAGUACCAUGAUGAAGUUGCUCUCCCAAAGUUGGUUGCUGAUUUUGCUUCGCUGGAACUUUCACCCGUUGACGGUCGGACUCUUACUGAUUUCAUGCACACCAGAGGCUUAAGAAUGCGCUCUCUAGGGCGAGUUGUCAAGCUUUCUGAGAAGCUUUCACACGUGCAGUCCCUUUGUAUACAUGAGAUGAUAGUAAGAGCUUUCAAGCACAUUCUCCGAUCUGUGAUUGCUGCUGUUUCAGAUACUCAGCAAUUGGCUAUAUCAAUAGCUGCAACACUUAACUUGCUUCUUGGAAUACCUGAUUCUGAAGUAACUGAAAGUUCUCCUAAUCUGCAUCCUCUUGUUUGGAGAUGGCUAGUAACAUUCUUGAAAAAGAGAUAUGAUUGGGAGCUUACUUCCAUGGAUUACCGUGAUGUAAGGAAAUAUGCGAUUCUCAGAGGAUUAUGCCAUAAGGUGGGUCUUGAGUUGGCUCCACAAGACUUUGAUAUGGAUUCUGCUUUCCCAUUUCACAAAUUUGAUAUUGUUAGCCUCAUACCAGUGCAUAAGCAAGUUGCAUGUUCGUCAGCUGAUGGACGGCAACUCUUGGAAUCUUCAAAAACAGCUCUUGACAAGGGCAAACUUGAAGAUGCAGUCAAUUAUGGAACAAAGGCUCUUGCUAAGCUUAUAGCAGUGUGCGGUCCUUAUCAUCGGAUGACAGCUGGAGCAUACAGCCUAUUAGCUGUUGUUCUUUAUCAUACUGGAGAUUUUAAUCAGGCCACAAUUUAUCAGCAAAAGGCUCUAGACAUAAAUGAAAGGGAACUCGGGUUGGAUCAUCCUGACACAAUGAAGAGUUAUGGUGACCUUGCUGUGUUCUAUUACAGACUUCAACAUACAGAGUUGGCUCUUAAGUAUGUGAAGCGCGCAUUGUAUCUCCUGCAUCUUACUUGUGGACCAUCCCAUCCAAAUACAGCUGCUACAUACAUCAAUGUGGCCAUGAUGGAGGAAGGCUUGGGAAAUGUGCAUGUCGCAUUAAGAUACCUCCAUAAAGCGCUGAAAUGCAACCAAAGAUUACUUGGCCCUGACCAUAUUCAGACUGCAGCCAGCUACCAUGCUAUAGCUAUUGCACUCUCCUUGAUGGAAGCAUAUCCAUUGAGCGUUCAACAUGAGCAAACUACCUUGCGAAUUCUGCGAGCAAAGCUUGGUCCCGAUGACUUGCGGACUCAGGAUGCUGCUGCUUGGCUUGAAUAUUUUGAAUCAAAGGCUAUUGAGCAGCAGGAAGCUGUUCGCAAUGGUACCCGGAAGCCUGAUGCGUCCAUUGCUAGCAAAGGCCACCUAAGUGUUUCUGAUCUUCUUGAUUACAUAAAUCCCAACCAGGAGAUCAAAGGUAGAGACUCUGAGUCAACAAGGAGGAGAAGUUUGGGUGUUAAGGCCAAAGGCAAUUCUUCUCUGAACUUGAAUAUUGCAAGCCCUGGGUUGUCUCCUAAAGAGCCAUAUUUAUCAGUUUCAGAUGAGGAAAGGCAAUUCAAUGAAUCCAACCUUAGCCAAGAUGACAACAGCACAAGGAGUCUGAAGAGCUUAAUACCCAAGAAGUCUGAAGAGCCUAAAUUUGAAGUUGAAGUUAAAGACCAGUUAGUAAAGUCUGAAGAGCUUAAAGUUAAAACUGAAGAGAAGCUCACUAUUGUUGAUGAAAUGUUGAGUGAUGAAAUCUCAGGACCAGACGAUGGCUGGCAACCAGUCCAACGGCCCAGAUCAGCGGGAGUUUCUGGAAAGCGAAUUAAGAAAUACCGCACAAAUAGUGAAAGGGCUCAUGAUACUGCUCAAUCCAAGCCAAAGUUUUCUUAUUCGAGCAGCCACUAUUACGUAGUAAAGAAACGGAUUGUAACCCCUGGUAGCCACACAGAUCAUACAAAUGAGAUAGUUCAGCCACCAAAUGUCAAAUUUAGUCGUAAAGUGUACAGAUCUGUAUCAUACAGAGUGAAGUCGGUGAAUUCAUCUACGGAGGAGAUUGAUAAUUCUAUGAUUUUCAGUGAGAAAACAAAUGCUCAAGUGGAAUCACCAUCUCUUUAUAACAUUGCAUCCAAAGAUCAAAGGGAGGGUGAGUCACAGAAUACUCUGAUUGCUAGUCUUGAAAAUGCGCCAUCAUACAAAGAUGUUGCGCUUGCACCUCCAGGAACAAUUAUUAAGGCUCAAAUCCAGAGAUCUAAAGAUGAUUUGCCAACGAAUCAGGAAAUAUCUACCCAGAAAGAUGGGCAUGAAAUGAAGAAUUUAUCAGCAGUUAAAGAUCAUGAAAGUGAUAUACUGGCAAAUAGGAAAUUGUCAAAUGAAACAGAUGAACAAGAAAGGAAGGGUUUGCUUGUGGUUAGUGAUCAUGUGGAAAAAUCGACUGUGGCAGCUAACAUAGAUGAGACCAAGCAAGAAGAUAACUGUGUUGAGGAAGUGGGAAUUGCUGCAAAGCAAGUAGAAGUAGAAAACCAGAAAACUAGCGAAGAAGGCUCAACUGAUUUGUCAUCACUACAUAUUGAAGUAGCUUUAUCUGGGAUACAUAGUGAUGAGGGGCAAGAAGUGAUACAUAGUAUUGAAUCUUUAGAAUCAACUGUUCGGGAGAACGCUGACCUCUCAACUGACAAACCUAAAGGGGAAUCAUUACAUGGAGCUUUAUCAAGCAGCAUUGGAAUCAGUACCAAUUCAUUCUCUAUAGAAAAUCAAGAGAAUCUUGAAGAAAAAUUUGGUGGCCCUGAGGAAUCUGGAGGCAGUGGUCCAAAACCAAAACUGGAGUUGAACAUUGUUGAUGCUAGAGACAUCCCUAAUAAGAAGUUGUCUGCUUCUGCUGCACCGUUUAACCCCUCUCCUCCCGUUGUUCUCAGCCCUGUGCCUGUAAAUGUCAGCCUUUCUCCAAAUGGUCCCAUUCCUGCAGUUGGGCCUUGGUCCAUGAGUGUUUCUCUUCACUCUCGGCCCGCACCUCUAAUGCCUACCGCACCUCCUCUCUGCACAUCUCCCCACCUCCCUUACCCUCCUUCCCCUCGGCCCCCUAACAUUUUACAUCCCUUGCCAUUUAUCUACCCACCAUACACUCAGCCUCAAGCUGUUCCAACCACCACAUUUGCUAUGAACAAUAACAUGUUUCAACCUAACCACUAUUCUUGGCAAUGCAAUAUGAAUCCAAGUACACCCGAGUUCGUGCCAGUAUCAAUAUGGCCAGGAUGUAGUCCAGUUGAUUUCCCUAUUGUGCCACCGCCUAUUAUAAAUCCUAUUUCUGCAUCUUUGCCGGAACCAUUGGUUCAGUCUCAUGUUGUAAGUGUGGAUUUGACACCCUCACUUGACUGUGAUAUUGUGAAAACAAUUGAGAAAGAUGAGGGUACAGAGGUAUCUGCGACAGUGGAAACUGGAAAUGCUGUUGCUAAUAACUAUUUACCAAAUGAGGGAGAAUCUGGAGAAGAUGACUUGAAAAAAGUAGUUACUAAUGAACUGAAACCUGAGAUAACUUCUAAAGAAAAUAAUAGUACAACGAAAAUUGGUGAAAGACGUCCCAUGAAAAAAGUUACAAGAUAUGAAGGCGAUGGGACCUUUAGCAUUUACGUGAAGGGGAAAAGUCGGAAGCAGACUCUCAGAGUGCCUGUGAAUUUGCUGAGUAGGCCGUACGGAUCGCAUUCUUUCAAAAUAGUUUACAACAGAGUAGUUAGAGGAAAUGACAUUCCAAGACCAGCAGAUGUUAUAUUGGGUGAAGAUGUCGGAACAACCAAAGCAUAAGCAGCAAGUAAUGGAAGUUCUCUGAAUGAAUCAAAUAAGAAGUGUCUACAACUUUUUCGGCCAGAACAAAUUAGCUAUUACUUUCUUGCUUUGGUAUUCUUCAGUGUUCUACUGUUUCCUAGCAAGUGAUUGUAUACAGACAAAUUGGCCAUCUAAUCUGACAAUGCAUUCUGACAGCAAGGAUAUGCUUCCUUUGAUGCCUCAGGUGGCCACCCUUCAUAUAUAGUCUUUGCAAGCUGCUUCAUGAGCCACAAAUAUGGUUUCCAUUUCAAAAAGGAUUACUUCAUGAUUAUAUUAUAUCUAACAAACUGAGGCCUACUGAUCAUGCUCGUACUUUUAAGCUGUCUUCUUCGUUCAUUAUUCAGCUGCCGUCCAUCACAUUCUUGUGUCACUUUGACAGCUGAUGCUUCCAAUCCAGUUUGGCAUUUUAUUCAUUUUGGGAGUAAAGAAGAUUAAAGGUGAAGUCAGAGAGAGCACGCGGAUAGGUGAUUAUUAUUCUAACAAUUUUUUUUUUCUUUUCUUUUCUUUUUUUCCUCUUUUUUUUUCUGGUUGGGGGGAGAGAAGACCAUCUUUGUUAGAUUUUGGAUUGCGUUGCCUUCAAAAAGAAUCUCUCUAUUUGAUAGACUCCUACCAUGGGUUCCUUGUCCUUUUCCAUAUUGCUUAUUUAGCUCUUUAUAUUGAAGAGGCUCUUAUGGGUAUUUUGUGAUUGCUACUAUAUUAUUUGGUGGUGUUUUGAGAAGCAAAAAUGUCCAUAAGACAUUCUCCAUGACUUUUUUUAGCUGGAAAACUAUUUUUUU